GCCUUCCGGUGUUCGCUUGGAAGGGAGAGUCCGAACAGGACUUCUGGUGGUGUAUCGAUCAGUGCGUUAGCAGCGAGUCGUGGCAGCCAAACAUGAUAUUAGACGACGGCGGAGACGCCACUCAUCUGCUGCUGAAGCGAUAUCCGGCCGCUUCUAAUCUCAUCAAAGGUAUCGUCGAGGAGAGCGUUACGGGAGUGCAUCGCCUGUAUCAGCUGUCAAAGGCCGGAAAGCUAACGGUUCCCGCCAUGAAUGUCAACGACUCUGUGACCAAAACUAAAUUUGAUAAUCUCUACUGUCCUCGAGAGACGAUAGUCGACGCG